AGCGAAGCAAAAUUUCUCGCUGCGAAAGCUCUUUUCGCACCCCCUGCUCUGCUGUUCUGCCCGCCUGCCUGCCUGACUGCUUGCUCGCCUCGACGCUUGGCUCCAGUGAGGCGCUGAGCAGCGGCCAAGUGUGUCGUGCAUCGGGCAGUCGAGCCGAGCUGCAGUUCUCCUCGCGCUGAGCUGUCCCACACACAGUACAGCAGCAGUAACAGCAGUAGCAGCAGACCACCUCGUGCUACACACACCUCUCAGGCGUGGAGCUAUCCGCAAUCCAAAGAUCAUCUGGGAAAAGCACGACGUAAAGGAUAACGGCAACGAGUACGAUAAUGACGUCAAUAAGGCGGAUGAUCCAGCAGCGCCUGCACGACAGCUGCCUGCACGAGGGCCGCCACUGCGAGGCAAUCAGCGACAGCUAAAUCCGCGCGUGACGUCGUCGAUAAACAGCACAGCAGCAACAUAGGGAAGUCGAGCAAUGGGCUGGGCCAUCGGCGGUCUGGGCGUCUUCAUCGUACUACUCUUGGCAGCCGGCGCGUCCCUCAUCAUCUGCAAGCGCUACCCCGUCAACUGGCAAUGCAAUCCGCGCGACGUCUGGUUCAUCUGCGAGGACUGGCGCAGGAAGCUCUCCUGGCUCUGGGCACCUAGAGAGGAGAAGGUGGGAUUGGUCAAAGCUCAGCACCCGACGGCUCAGGUUCCGGGCCUCUAUCGACAAUCCAGCACGAGCUCGUCCCAGUACAUACUGACGAGCGACGGCGAUCUGCGCUUGGACGCCCGCGAGGGAGCCUUCACCAGAUUCGAGUCGGUGGAUAAGGACGUGCAUCCAGCCCCGGUGCAGCCGCCAGUCGGACCCCUGGCAGCCGUGGUAGGUAGCAGCUCGAGCAACGAGGCGCCGAGCGCGGCCACGGCGGCUCAGUCCUCGGCGUCCGCGUCCAACAUACCGCCGCAGCCGUUGCGGCCGGCGCCACAGCCACGGGCCACGGCCAGGCCCCGACCGUCGCCGCUGCGCACGGAGCUGCUGCGCCAACGGGAGUGCGAGCCCAGCCCGCUGACUCCGCCGCCGGCCCAGUUUCUCCUCGGCAAGUUCAACUCCUCGUCCGCGAGGGGCACCGUCUUUCACUUUCAACACGAGCUGCCGCCGCCGCCGUUGCCGCCCCCGCCGGCCCAUGCCAGCCUCAGCAUGCACAGGACCUCGCCGGCCAUGAUUUUCAAUAACCACAGCCCAUUUCACUCUGGUGCGCUGCGCGAGCCAACCUGCAACAUUCGUUACAGUGUCCAAGGGACUGCCUUGUGCGAGGGUCUCUUUGACGAAAAGGGCGAUCCCGAUGGCGCCAACGAAGACAGCCCGCCGUACGGCAGCUACGACAUCGUUCAUCAAGGCAAAACCAACUACGAUUCCCUCUACUCUGCGCAGGACGCGUUCAUGCAUCGCGUGCAGAGCAACCGCAACCUCGAGGAUCUGGAGCGCAUAGCCCGCUACAUCCAGAGCUUACCCGACGUCGCGCCGGCAACGAGUCCGACCCUCUCGGGGGGUCGGAACUACUUUUUCGACGACCGACUCGCGGACAACGACGAGGAGGAGGUCGCCAGUCCAGCGGCUCCGCCACCCCCAGCGCCGCCUGAUCCAGGCCCCGAGCAACGACAAAUCAACAACAUCGAUGAUUACGACGACGAAGAUGACGACGAUGACGACGACGACGACGACGAUAUCAGGGUAGGCCGGAGAAGAGGAGGUCGACGCGCGGAACCCACCACUGGCGAGAAAAUAUUCAAAGCUCUGAGGGCCGUCACAAAAGCUCAGAAUUACAUUGACGCCAACGAAUUCUACAAUUCGAUCCUGUCGUCGGCUCAGCAAGUUCAAAAUCUCGUCACCUCCCAGGCGGUUAUGGAAAGCAAGAGAUUGAAUAAUUCAAGAGCCACCUCGCCCUACGAAAAAAUGAUGCUGGCACCGAGGGCCUCGGACUUAUUUAGUCCAGAACUGAAUCAGGAAGCUCAGAGGACUGCCCAGCAGGUUUCGAAUAGUUUGCAAGAUCCACCAGCCUCUCCGUUGCUUAUGAAAGAUUUGGAUCAACAGGCCUACAAUUCUUAUCUUUCUGAUCCAAGUUUCACUCGAACUUCCGAGGAAAUCUUCAAUAGUCUGGAACAGCGUCGCAAGAGCGUGCAAGAACGCAUGAACGGAUUUCAAGAGCUGCUCGAGCACGAGGCCGAGGAGUCCGAGCGCCGACGCAGCAGUCAGGAGUUCCUGAACGUGCUCGAGGAAGUGCAGAUGAAGCGUCGCUUGUCGCAAGUCUUCGAAGACGUCGGCCAGGAGAACGGCGAGAUAAUCGUGCCCGACAUACUGGGCGAGCUCGUGAACGGCAGCUGUCGCUCGAGGCGCAGCUCGCUCGAGAUCAGCUUCAAUUUCGACGACAUGUCGUCGCUGCAGCGGGCCAUUAGCUGCGAGAGCGUCUGCUCGGACACGAGUGUCGUGCUCAACGACCUCGAGGCGGGCGACGACGAGCGGCAGACCGUAGGUCUCAUCUGCAUCGGUUUGGAGCACGACAGGUGGCCGGGUCACGUGGGCGAGACGGACUUAUUGGUGAGCGUUCUCGAGGCCCGAGAUCUCACGGUCGCCGACGGUAGUCCUGCUCAGAACACCUUCGCGAGGGUCUACCUGCUGCCGGACAGACAAGCCUACGCCCAGACCAGAGUCUACAAGGACACCAAUUGUCCGAGCUAUCAGGAGAACUUCUCCUUCCCUCUGGACGGUGGCUCGGCGGGCAGGAGCCUCCUCGUCGAGGUCUACUCCUACGAGUUGCCAAAUGAGAGUUCGGCAGACGGCGAGGCCACGAUACUGGGCGAGGCCAAUCUGCGCCUGGACCAGACGCCCAGGCCCCCGGCCACCACGUCUUGGCUCUCGCUGCUGAGUCCAGCGCCCCAGCUCGGUGCUCUGCUCUUCUCUCUUAGCUACUUGCCGACGGCCGAACGACUCACACUGGUGGUGGUCAAAGCAGUCAAUCUUCGAGGAGCUAACGAGAAUUCCCCGGGAGAUUUUUUCGUCAAGAUAUACUUGUUGCAACAAGGCAAAAAAAUGCACAAAAAACGCACAUCCAUCAAGCGAGGCGAGAAGAGCCCCAUCUUCAACGAGGCCAUAAUAUUCAAAGUGCCGGCACAUUCUCUUCAGAACAUUCAAUUGAGACUGACAGUCGCCGAGGUUUCCGGAGACUUGAGCAACACUUCGAAGGCCUACUCGGUCGGCCACAUAAUCGUUGGGGCAUCGUCCACAGGCCGAGCCGGCACGCACUGGCGUCAGAUGCUCGCAGCUCUCAGGCGGCCUGCGCCCAUGUGGCAUUCGCUAAGGAAAUAAUAAGCCAAAUCUAUACACACACAACACACAUCAUCCUAUAAAUGGUAUUCGAGAGGCAAGUGCGGCGUUAAUUACGAUUGCGUCGCCAGCUUCUCAUUCGAUGAACUUCUUCCAGACGUUCAGAGUUGUUGUUGUUUCUUUUUUCAAUUAUUUCUGUUUCGUCACUCGUUACUUCAUCGGUUAGAAUUACGAUUAGCUCGUACUUACAAUUCUAUGUAACAAAAAAAAAAUGAAACACCGCGUCCAAUAAUCGUCAUAGUAUUUGAUAUAAAAAUAGUGUUCUCUAAUUGCGUGAGAUACGUUGUUAUUAAAUGAAAAAAAGUAUUAUUAUUAUAAAGGAAAAAUAAUUCAUCUAGCAUGGAUGAUAAAAUAACACUUUUUUAUUAUCUGCACAUAAAAUAACUCUUAGGGGAAAUGUCGGAUAGUUAGAUUUUUAAACGAAUUAAAAUCGUGCAAUGAAUUUCAAACUCCGGACAAGUGUGUUGUUAAGUUAAGACAAAAUUAUGAGGUGUGACAAUACUGAAAAUGCAAAAAAUUGUACGAGCUAUAAUUUUUCAUUUUCAUCCGCGAAUCAUGUGAAUGAACAUUGGAAAAUUGAGGCAGUGCUAAAAUGUGAAAUAUGACUCGACGCAUUGAAUGUGCAUAUGUGUGCAUGUAAGUGGGUACGAGUUUGUUCAUGCAUGCAUUACAUAAUAAUAAUAAUAAUAAUAACAUUCCGCAUGUACAUAGAGCCAACAAAAAAUGCAUUUUUCGACGAAUCUCGUGCAUCUUCUGAGCAUCAUCUUAUCGAGCAUGUACAUUACUUUUAAUUAAUGAUUUAGUGAUGACGAUGCUACUACAUCCAAACUGCCUAAAAGCAAGUUUAUUGAAGCCUUUUCAAAGCUUAUAUCUUAGAAUAAGGUACAUAUUAUUGUAAUUGAAAAGAUUUACGUAUAUUUAUAUAUACAUGUAUGCGAGCGUACAUGUGUAUACAUACACGCAUAUUAUAAUAUACAAAUCCUGAUUACAAGUUGUUAUGCAUGAAAAUUCAUAUUUUCGAGAGAAUUUUAAGUAUACACGGAGUUGAUAAAUUAGCGAAUUCUUGUUGUUAAAUAUGCGCUUGGGUAAAUCACGGUAUUAAAUAGGAAUUUAAGAUGUGCAAUGUCAAGAUGUGAAAAAAGUCGCAUUCUCCGACAUAAAUGUGAGCUAUAUACGACAAACAUUUUUGCGUUUGAUGAGAUACUUUAAUUGCUUGACCAAGAAAUAAAAAAAAAGAAACAAACGAGUUUAGAGCAUGUAAGCGAUUGGAAAAAAUUGUGCAUAUAGGUAAAAAAAAACGAGUUAAGGUAUAGAAAUAUUGAACUACUAAGCAAAAGUCUGAAAUGCCACGAGGAAUAAAUAUAAAUAUAGUUCUAAUUCGCUAUGAAAUUGAAUGUCAUAAAAAAAUGUCUACUAGCAUGAAAAACUUACUGUUUUUGAUGUCAUAUGUGUUCUCAGAAUUUUUAUUAGAAUUCACCCUUUUUAGAGCCUUAAACUAUGAAUUUAGAAAAAAAAACUUCAGACCUCUGAAAAAGAAUGAUGGUUGAUUCUCAAAAUUCUAAUAAGUUCGGGGGCAUGUAUGACAUGAAAAACAACAAGUUUAACAUGCUAGAAGAAAAAAAUGUUGACCAUUCGAUUUUCCAGAGAAUUCGUAUACAUUUUUUUUGCAACUAAAAGUAUCGUCGUAUAACAUCGUUGAACUUCUAAAUUUAUUUUUACGUAACCAAUGUCUGCUUAUUGAACGGAAUACGAGACGCCACACACAUAACACGUACGUAACGCAAAGAAGACACCAUAAUUCUAUGCAUGUGAAAUCGUACGACUUUAGCAUUUUAAUACAUUCGUCAAAUACUGCACACUCGAGGGUAAACAAUCAUAAAGUUAACUCGAAUCGCGUGAAAAUAUGCUUAUUGUAUCCUGAAAAGUGGAUCCUCCUGCUCUUCCUCGGUAUGGCCUUGAAAACGAAGAGAAACCUAACUAUACAUGAAUACAUAUAACUUUUAUACCUUUCAAAGCGUCGAUCUAAAACUAAAGAAUCAAAAAAUUAAAAAUCACACAAAUACACGCACACUCAUGCUCACUCAUAAACACACAUUUAUAGGCAGAAAUUCAUUCGUUUGAACGGAAUCAAAUGAUGAAGCUUUGAUUGUUGAAAUAAUAAUAUGUAUAAUCGCUUCGUCGAGAAAUGUCUAUGUCGAUCUUGUAUCAUAAUAUCACACACCUACGAAGAACAAAAAAAAUACGAAUACGCUUUUGAUAUAGAACCAAGCGUUCUUACUGUAUAGAUAUGUUAUCGUAUUCGACGAAAUGAAACUUUUUUAAAUGACAUAGCGAAGGUUGUAGCAACGUUGAAAUAAAGACGAACGUUUUCUAUGUAAUGACACAGAUAUAUCAAAUUGUAAAAAAAAAAAUAUCGUUUGUUUACGGUGCGGCUCCGACGAACGUGUUUCUCCAUUAAAAAACAAAAAGAUAAAAAUUUAAAGCGUAAGUUUUACAUUUAAGCAAAGGCAUAUAAACUACAGGUACCUGCACGUAUUUUCAUUGGAAAAACAGCGUUCGACCUUUUUCGAUAUAAAAAUUCGUAAUUCUGUAACUAGAAACAAUUAGGUCUUUUCUCGAAACCUCAUAUGGAACAAUCAAUUUUUAUAUAAGUAAUUGUUUGUUGGGAGGCCUACUAACAAUUUCUAAAUGUACGGAUCAAGAACUUUGACUAAUUGGCGUUCUGAGAACAAAGUUAAAUUUCAUUUAAUCUGUCAAAUCAUCAGCUCAAAAUUAUUAUAUCUGCAAAUAGCCUUUUUCAUUUGUCCAAAAUUUUGUGUUUGUCCCUUGCUCAAGUUACUUAUGAUUGCUUUCAUUUUAUAUUAAAAAGACUUUCGAGGAUUGAUGGAAACGGAGUGAUGAACAGAUGAUGAAUUGCCGUGCGUUGAAAUAUUACAAUACGGAACAAAAAGUAUGAAUGAAAAAAAAAAUACGACAAUAAUAGUGCCGACCGAUUUAAGUUGCUUGAAAAAUAAUCUCAUAUAAUAAACGUAUAACUAAUUUCUUACCUAUACACAUGUUUCUGAAACGAGCACAAAAGACAAAGAGAAAAAAACUAAAGCAUACAAAAAUGUGAAAAGAUGCGCAACAAUAUAAGUGUACUUGAACGCCUAUUAUUAAUCACGUUUAGUGUAAAUCAUUGAUAUUUUUCUCCUUCAAUUUAUGAAUUAUUAUUUUUAUAACGCUGAAUUGCAAAUUAAAAGCUUGCGUGAGAAUGCGAUCCUAUAUCCGUUAGAUUCGUAAACAAGAUUCAAAAGGUGGGAGGAUGAUAAUUCGGAGAAAAACGAAUCAUUUGAUAUCUUUUUUACGUCUGUCUGUGAUACUACGAGGGCACAGUACAUUAUUCUGUGUAUAAUAAAUUUAAGAUUUUAAAUCCUGAUUUGUAAUAUUGUUGUUGUGUGACGUCUAUCGGUGCCUAUUAUGUAUCCUUGGAGUGCAUAAUUAGACAAUUGUACGUUCUACGUUGAGACGCACGAACAUUUCACGAUGGAUUUUUCAACAAAUUUCGAUUGCUCUUCCUGUGGUUGAAAUGGGAAGAAAAAUAAAUAUUAUUAUACGAUCGCGGAAGGACUGUACGUUUAGAAGAGAUUACGCAACUUUAUCGUAUAAGAUCAAAGAAUCGUAUUGAAUUUCAAACUCGUCACAUCCAAUUCUACGUUGUUACUCUCUAGAACAUUGAUGAUAAAAAAGAGAAAAAAAACAAAUUCAAGUCGAGUGCACACACUUUUUUGAAAGCCGCAGAAUUCGACAAAAGUAAUUGCGCAUAAACCGGUCGCCUUUUUUCAUAAAAAUCACAUAUGAUACAACUACGUUGGUACCUUCCUUCCACCCCCUCUAAUACCUCCUUUUAACGUCUACCAUGAAAACACUUGUAUGUGUAUGUAUGUACGUUAUAAU